UCGAUCGACACCCUCGACAGUUUUUCGCAGGACGCUUGUUGCUUCUAUACACGAGCGACGAAUGUAAACUCGCCCUACCGCGAGUUUUUUCACGCGUCUUGACAUCGCUCGGUUGCGUUUUGUUUCGAUCAUCAUCUGUUUGUUCCUUGUUUGUCACGGAAUAAAUUACGUUAAAAUUGUCAUCUCGGUGUGGAUGAUUUUCGAUAAACGUUGAUUGCUAACUAAUCAAUUAAUGAUAAAUGUAAACACCAGUUAAUGAUUCUUAUCGUCCAGAAUCCAAAUCCUGUGAAGCAUUCAACUGAUUUAUAAAAAAAUUAUUACAAAAUUAAUUUAUUAUAAAUAAUUUUCAUCUGAGUUUUAUUUUAUUUGGUAUCACUGUAAACUUUGGUCAACAAUUGGUUGAAAAUCUUUUCAUCGUUCCAAAGACUGACAAUCGACCGGCGACAACAGUCUUGUAAAAACGCAAAUGCGUCACGAAUCUCAGGCGUUCUCGAAGAAUUGUGGCACAUCCGCACCGUCUUCGUCUUAAUCGGAAAAAAUAUACGGAUGAAUUUUAUUUUACGUGUCUUGUGUGGUCGGACAAGCCUGGAAUUUUCUUCCCGUCUUCUCCAAUUCUCGCAGAAAGCCGCGUCGUGAAUCGUUAAUUGCCCCUCCAAUGAGCGAGUGCUACCUAUCGCUUGUUUCAAGGUGUCUCGCGAGGAACUCAGCAAAGCAACAAUGAAGUCCGAGAGGAAUAAUGGCUACCUAGCUUCGACCGUCGUUAUCGAACAAUCGGCUGAUUUGCCGGAAUCGACUAGUCAAGAUAGUAUAUCUACUCCGAAUUCUCUUCAAGUAACUUAUGGGUCACGGGGUGGAACUACCACAUCCGUUCUUCAGCAUCCGAUUAAGCCACAGAGGCCGAUCGGUGUGACACGUGUUACCUCAAUCACACGAAGACGAAGAGGAACAGUGAGUAGGCAACGUUUACUCGGUGUAUUAGCCAUCACUCUGCUGGCUACUUGCCUGUUUAUACUUCUAUUACUGGCAUUAAACACCACUCGCGAAUGCGUUCGAGAGCCUCAUCCAAACGUUUGUAUGACAGAAGAAUGCGUCCAAACAGGUAUAUUUUUAAAAUUUACAUAUACUUAACAAUAAAAAUAUUAUUUUCCGCUCGUUUGAAUCAAAGGCUAUAUGAGGGGUAGGACCAGUAUACGAGCAUUAAUCGAUGUUACAAAAAUUUUAACUUGUAUCAAGAUUUAUUAAAUUGACGUUUUGUACCAUACUCGGACUUCAUCAGAAUUGUCAAUUAAGCAAAUAAUUAAUAAACUAACAUAUAUCGGGGUCAAAUCGCAAUCAAUCAAACAUGGAGAAGUACCGCAAUCACAAAGUCAAAAAACUUGAAACAUUAUAGAACGCUUUUUUCGCAAGUCAAUCAUGCUCCAGUUAAAUUUCUGUUUUUAUUAAGUAUCAUCGUCCCGUGGAGACCCAUGCAAGUCCACAAUUUCAAAAGGUACCAUACAUUUCUGGGCCAACUUAGUGGCAACUGAAUAAAUGUAUUUAGAUAAGAUGAUAUAAUAUCGACUCAAUAAAAUAAAUUAAAAUUAAAACAGAGACUUACAUAAAUGUUCAGAGAUGACGGGAACUAUGACAGGCAAUAAUUAUGGCAUCGGUAUAACACGUCUGAUCUGCGCGAAGAAUCAUCGUGAACUGAGAGAGGAAUGAACUUGACACGAGGACAAAGAAUGUUUGCAAUUACCUGACCGUGGAAAGUUCGUUUAAAACAUCAAAAUAAACUUCGUCCAAUAAUUCGGUUUCUUUGUUAGAGUUAAUCCCGUUUGUUUGCUCUUUGAUAUGUAUCAUUUCAGAGAUCAUUCGUUUUUAAUAAUUCGGUUCAUAAUCUAAGAUACAUGUAUUAUCCCAGUCAAAGAUGUGAUUAUAAUUUAAAAUAUGAUCUGUUAUCACCGAAUGCUUGGAUUCAUUCAGUCUGAUGUUAUACUUAUGUUCUCUAAUUCUAGUCUGAAGCUUUCUUUUCGUCUGAUGUACGAUGCAUCGCAGUUUUUGCAAUCAAUCUUGUAUAUUACAUUAUUGUUCAUAAACAACGAGUUCUUGUCUUUUUGGACCCUGAUGAUACUACUAAGUUUGUUCAAGAUACGGUACCCCAUGGAUAAUAUGCAUGAUUUAUCUAUUUUCGAGGCAAUUAAUUCCGAGAUUGAUUUGAUAUAUGGAAGAACAAUGAAAUUCUUUUUUUGUUGUGUUUCUGUUUCUUCCGUGCUACCGUUCAAAGAUUGGUUGAUAAGUUUUUUCAAUCUCCGAUUGAUAUGGGUAAAUAUUAAAUCCAUAGGGUAGCCGUUCUCAAUCAAAUUGUUAAUAAUAAACACUAAAAUCUUUUCGUAAAAAUUCGGAUGGGAUAACUUGAUUGCUCUAUCUACCAAACUAUAUAUAGUCCUGAGUUUGUGUUGUAUGGGAUGAUUAGAAUAAAACGACAAAAAUCUUCCCGAAAACGUUUUUUUGUGAACCAAUCAGUGACAAUCAUGUCACCCUUACAAUCCCUUACAAUCUCUUACAAUCAAUUUCACGUCUAAAAAACUAAUGCUUCUAUUUUCCUCGUAUUCAAUAGUGAAUUUAAUUCUAUCAUGGUAAUUAUUGAAUCUACUAAAUAUGUCAAAAACAUUCUCCCUCCGGACCGUAUACUGGUCCUACUCCUCAUAUAGCCUUUACAUAUACUUACCUGUAAUAUUUAAUUUUUUAUCUAUAAUUUGCAGUACAAUAUUAGAAGUAUCAUUAUUCAAAGAACACAAAGAACAACGCAAAAGAAAUCUACAAGUCAUCUAAAAUGUAUUUUUUUUACAAAAUUUCUAAUUAUUUAUUCCGACUG